UCACGCGGCUCGAUAAUGACGUCACCAACCUGUGAUUGCAUAGUCCAAUCGGGCGAGUCGUCUCAACGGCACUUGCUAUGUGACAAAGCCACCAGUAGGGAGCGCUGCGUGGACAUACCACCGUUGACUGUUUUGCUUGGUCACGUGACCGCCGACGUCGACUUGUUCCCCAGCUCCCUCAGUAGUCAUGGCGGUGGCCGGGAGUCUCGGGGAUGGAGUAACCACCGCCGCAGCAGCCUUUUGAGUCCUGCUCUCUACCUUCAUGCGGGACUGUAUCCUCCGUCGGCUGAGAUAUCACAAACAAACUGCAGGCUGCUCGAGCUUCCCGCCAUGGCCGACCGCGGCGUCGAGUUGUCGGCUCUGCCAAAAGAGGUCAGGGACCAGCUGGCGGAGUUGGACCUGGAGCUGUCCGAAGGUGACAUUACACAGAAGGGCUAUGAGAAGAAAAGGACCAAACUCCUGGCUCCAUACAUCAUCCACACGCCAGUAGAACCGCCCCCGAAGAACAAUGUACAGCCGCCCGCUCCCAGUUCCUCGUCCAUCCAUGGGCCUCCCCCCUCCAGCUCAUCCCGUUACCGUGAACGACGCUCCCGUAGGACACAUCGCAAUGGCGGAACCAGGGAUGACCGCUACAGAUCAGAUAUUCACUCUGAAGCAGUCCAAGCUGCUCUGGCUAAACAUAAAGAAGAAAAGAUGGCACUGCCCAUGCCUACUAAACGGCGUUCGACCUAUGUGCCGUCCCCCAUUGAAACGCGCACGCCACCAGACUCCUCGUCGGCCUCUGAGGAUGAGACAUCAGUUCGCAGGCAGUCGUCGCUGGUCGUCCCUGCACCUUUGCUCAAUCCCAGCCUACAGAGCCCCGACUGUUGGAUCAACCGCUCGGCCCAGGGCUCGUCCACAUCCUCGUCGGCCUCUUCCACCUUGUCCCACGGAGAGGCCAAGCCGCAGCCUCACAACCAGCCACAGCCUCAGUACAAGCCUCAGCACCAACCUCUGUACAAGCCUCAGUACCAGCCUCCGCCGCAGCACCAGCCCCAGCACCAGCCGCCUCCGCCGCACCCUGCUGCCAUCACCGAUAUAAUGGCCCACGGUCGCAUUGCCCCGCCUGAGAACAGCGCCCCACCUUCAGAUGUGACCGCAGUCAUCCUUCCGGCCAGAGGCCCGCGGGUUGACUUGCCCUCUAACGCGACGGUCCGUGGGAUGAGUCGAGGGCAGAGUCGCUCCAGCAUGAUGGAGACUGCAGACGGAAGAAUUAAUCUCCAGAGGGUCCCAGUGAACAGCAGAGUGUCCACCAAGAUCCAGCAACUGCUCAACACGCUGAAGAGACCAAAGAGGCCCCCCCUCACUGAGUUUUUCACUGAUGACUCAGAGGAGAUAGUCGAAGUGCCCCGGCCGGAUCCUAACACACCCAAACCAGAAGGUCGUCAGAUCAUCCCGGUGAAGGGUGAACCCUUGGGGGUGGUCAGUAAUUGGCCCCCAGCCCUGCAGGCUGCGUUAGCCCGAUGGGGGGCGACGCAAGGGAAAAGCCCCGCCCUCACGGCGCUCGACAUCACAGGCAAACCGCUCUACACGCUGACUUAUGGGAAGCUCUGGAGUCGCAGCGUGAAACUUGCCUACACUCUCCUAAACAAGCUGGGUACCAAAAAUGAGCAGAUUCUUAAACCCGGAGACAGGGUGGCACUCGUGUACCCCAACAGUGACCCCGGGAUGUUCUGGGUGGCCUUCUAUGGUUGCCUCCUCGCUGAGGUCAUACCAGUACCGAUAGAGGUGCCACUCUCUCGCAAGGAUGCGGGCAUCAGCCAGGUGGGCUUUCUCCUCGGCAGCUGUGGUGUGGGCCUUGCGCUGACCAGCGAGAUAUGUCUGAAGGGUCUACCCAAGACCCCCACUGGAGAAAUAAUGCAGUUCAAAGGCUGGCCGCGAAUGAAGUGGGUGAUUACGGACUCAAAGUACCUGACCAAACCUUCUAAAGACUGGCAGCCGCACAUCCCGACGGCCAACACAGACCCCGCCUAUAUCGAGUACAAGGCAAAUAAAGAGGGCACCGUGGUCGGUGUGGCGGUGUCUAAGGUUGCCAUGCUGACCCACUGCCAGGCGCUGACCCAGGCCUGCAACUACUGCGAGGGUGAAACAUUAGUGAAUGUUUUAGACUGUAAGAAGGACAUGGGUCUCUGGCAUGGAGUGCUCACGGCCGUGAUGAACAGGAUCCACACAAUCAGUGUUCCCUAUUCAGUCAUGAAGGCGUGUCCUCUCUCCUGGGUACAGAGGGUUCACAUCCACAAAGCGCGAUUAGCUUUGGUCAAGUGUCGGGAUUUGCACUGGGCCAUGAUGGCCCACCGGGAGCACAGAGACAUCAGCCUGGUGUCGUUGCGUAUGCUGAUUGUUGCUGAUGGCGCCAACCCCUGGUCCGUUUCUUCCUGCGAUGCCUUCUUGAACGUUUUUCAAUCCCACGGGCUGAAGCCUGAGGUCAUCUGUCCUUGUGCCACGUCCCCCGAGGCCAUGACAGUGGCAAUACGCAGACCUGGAUUACCGGGCGCACCACUUCCUGCCCGUGCCAUCCUUUCCCUGGGUGGUCUGAGCCACGGUGUCAUCAGGGUCAACACAGAGGACAAAAAUUCUGCCCUCACCGUGCAGGAUGUAGGGCACGUCAUGCCAGGAGCUCUGAUGUGCAUCGUCAGACCAGACGGCCCCCCACAGUUGUGUAAAACAGACGAGAUAGGGGAGAUCAUAAUUAACUCGCGGGCCGGUGGCACCAUGUACUACGGCCUGCCAGGGGUCACCAAAAACACCUUUGAGGUGAUACCAGUCAAUGCUAACGGCGUUCCCAUCGGAGAGAUCCCAUUUGUGCGCUCGGGCCUCCUGGGUUUUGUUGGGCCGGGGAGUCUGAUCUUUGUCGUCGGCAAAAUCGAGGGUCUCCUCCAGGUGAGCGGACGGAGACACAACGCUGACGACUUAGUGGCCACCGCACUUGCCGUGGAGCCGGUCAAGACUGUGUAUCGUGGGAGGAUUGCUGUGUUUUCAGUCACUGUGUUCUAUGAUGAGAGAGUCGUGAUCGUGGCUGAGCAGAGGCCGGACGCGAGCGAGGAGGACAGUUUCCAGUGGAUGAGCCGAGUACUUCAGGCAAUUGACAGCAUCCACCAGGUGGGCCUCUACUGCCUGGCGCUGGUCUCAGCCAACACAUUACCGAAAACACCUCUUGGGGGCAUCCACAUCUCAGACACCAAGCAGUUCUUCUUAGAGGGCAACCUCCACCCCUGUAACAUCCUUAUGUGUCCUCACACUUGUGUCACCAACCUCCCUAAACCCCGUCAAAAGCAACCAGUUGGUGUCGGGCCAGCCUCUGUGAUGGUGGGAAAUCUUGUGGCAGGGAAGAGAAUCGCUCAGGCGGCGGGCAGAGAGCUUGGCAUGAUCGAUGACCAGGAUCUCGUCCGGAAGCUCUGUAUGUGGCCCACCGUCAUGCAUCAAUACUUGACAGAGGCGCUACAGUGGCGGGCGCAGACGGAUGCAGAUCAUGUUCUCUACGUGCUUCUUAACGCCAAGGGUGUGGCAGUGAGCACGGCGACCUGCGUUCAACUUCACAAGCGAGCCGAGAAGAUUGCCGCAGCGCUCAUGGAGAAAGGCAGCAUCAACACUGGCGAGAACGUGGUGUUGCUUUAUCCUCCUGGUAUUGAGUUGAUCGCGUCAUUUUAUGGCUGCCUCUACGCUGGCUGCGUCCCCGUAAACGUCAGACCGCCACACCCUCAGAACCUGGCGGCCACGCUGCCCACUGUCCGUAUGAUCAUUGAUGUCAGUAAAGCGGCAUGUAUCCUCACCACUCAAAAUCUAAUGCGGAUACUGCGCUCCAAGGAGGCUGCUGCAUCUGUAAACAUUAAAACAUGGCCAACAAUCAUUGACACCGACGACCUUCCUCGCCGUCGGCCUCCUCAAAUCUAUAAGCCGCCCACAGCGGAGAUGAUAGCGUAUCUGGACUUCAGCGUUUCCACAACAGGCAUGCUCACUGGGGUCAAGAUCUCGCAUGCUGCCGUCAGUGCUCUGUGCCGCUCCAUCAAGCUGCAGUGUGAGCUCUACUCUUCUCGCCAAAUUGCCAUCUGCCUGGAUCCUUACUGCGGUCUGGGCUUCGUCUUGUGGUGCCUCGCUAGUGUUUACUCAGGUCACCAAUCCAUCCUCAUACCUCCUUUUGAGCUGGAGAGCUGUUUGUCUCUGUGGUUAAGCACCCUCAGUCAGUACCGCGUCAGAGACACCUUCUGCUCUUACUCCGUCAUGGAGUUUUGCACUAAAGGGCUUGGCACGCAAACAGAGUUGCUCAAGGCCCGUGGGGUCAAUUUGUCAUGCGUACGGAGUUGCGUGGUGAUUGCAGAGGAGCGCCCUCGCCUGGCUCUCACGCAUUCCUUCUCCAAGUUGUUUAAAGAUCUGGGAUUGUCAACCAGAGCCGUCAGCACUGCUUUUGGCUCCAGGGUUAACCUGGCUGUCUGCCUGCAGGGUACCACUGGUCCUGAUCCCUGCACAGUGUAUGUGGACAUGAAGUCCCUCCGCCAUGACAGAGUGAGGCUGGUGGAGAGAGGAGCACCUCAAAGUCUUCCGCUGAUGGAGUCUGGCAAGAUAUUACCAGGCGUCCGAGUCAUAAUCGUAAAUCCAGAGACCAGAGGGCCACUUGGAGACUCGCAUCUCGGAGAAAUCUGGGUGAAUAGCCCUCACAAUGCCAGUGGCUACUACACCAUCUAUGGAGAGGAGAGUCUACAAGCUGACCACUUUAAUACCAAGCUCAGCUUCGGAGACCCGCAAACCUUAUGGGCCAGAACUGGAUACUUGGGCUUUGUAAAGAGGACAGAGCUUCUGGAUGCCAGUGGGGAUCGCCAUGAUGCUCUUUUUGUGGUGGGCUCACUGGAUGAGACUUUGGAGCUUCGAGGGCUUCGCUACCACCCCAUCGAUAUUGAGACAUCGGUUUCUCGUGCCCAUCGCAGUAUCGCUGAGAGUGCUGUGUUUACAUGGACCAAUCUGCUGGUGGUGGUGUCGGAGCUGUGCGGCUCAGAGCAGGACGCGCUGGACCUGGUGCCUCUGAUCACAAACGUGGUCCUGGAGGAGCACCACCUCAUCGUGGGCGUGGUUGUCAUUGUGGACCCCGGGGUCAUACCCAUUAACUCCAGGGGGGAGAAGCAGCGCAUGCACCUUCGUGACUCGUUCCUGGCAGACCAGCUGGAUCCCAUCUAUGUUGCCUACAAUAUGUGAGCACUUGUCGCCAUCUCGGCCUGGUUGGCGCGCACGUCACAGAGCCCCCCCCCCCCCCCCCCCCCCCCCCCCGUGACACCCCACUGCAUGUCUGUGACUGGACCUGUCAUAUUUGGAUCCUCACUGUGUUGUAUUGGUAGAUUAAUGAAAAUCAUUCCGAAGCAGCAAUACCAAGCUGCCAGGAGUGUUUGAUUACAAAGGGCCCCCCGACAAAUAAGUUUGCUUAGGCCGACCACAUGAGGCCACUUUUGAAAUUCUGUUUAUUGCCUUUCAGAAGAAAAAAGAAAAAGAGAAUAAUGUCCACAAACCUCUCGAAACACGUUCCUCAUAGUGGUGACACUGAUUGAAAGAGCUACGACUCAACUUGAAAUCUUUUUUUACAUGCAGCUUUCAAACAAAUGCGCACACAUGCAUGUGCUGAGCCGGUGUCAUUUCCCUUAAUAAUGAUUUUGUUUUUUUAAUUAAGCUUUGACAGCAAUUGUGUAACGAAGCGCUUGUGUGUUCAUUUAGUUAGAUGAAAUGAUAUUGAAGCCAAAUGUUUUCACAGCUUUCCUGCCCUGAUAUACGAUAUUUCCUGCCUUAUAGACUUUCAGCCAUACAUUCCUCUUCUUCCUUUGAAAAAAAAUCUAUUUUUAAUGGCUGUUUAUUCUCCUUUGGCUUUUAUUGGCAAUCCUGAUAGACAGCCAAAGGAUUCAAAUAAGAGGCCUGUACUGCACUUCAAAGCCUCUUUGUAUUUUCGAUACUCUUACUGUAAAGAUACUUUUAAGUGUAUAAAUGUAUAAAAAAAAUGUCCUCGAUGGUUGACUCGGCUGCAAGAUGGUCGCAGAAAGAAGACUGUAAAUAAGAGUGAACCAAUUUGAUGGAACUUGCAAUAUUAGUCACGUGACAGAGGGUCUAAAUAAAUACCUGUAAAUCAUCAAUAGAUACGAUACUUCUAACGUUGCACUUUCUUCAAAAACAUCUAUUUUAUUACAACAAUAAGGCAUUAUAAGUACCAUUUCAGGAACAUAUUAUCCGGCAUGAGUGGCUCAUGAGUUUACCAGGAGGGCUGUUGCUUUAAGGCCAUAAAAAAACAAACAAACAAAAAAGCAUUUUUUAAAUUUGUAAAUGAGCAGCACUACAAAUGCGCCUUUCUACCUUCCCAGCACUGAAAGCGCUUUCCGCCAUCGCCUCGUUUAGCCAAUCGCGCGCUGAAGAUGAGCGAGGUAACAAACCAACUUGUGCACACGCUGAUGACGCGGCAUCAGGAGCAAUUAGAGGUCAGACGGGUCACGACAAUGGGAGAAACCAUCGAAUGACGGUUUACAGGCUGCCGGGUUACUUUGUCAUUACUUUUAAAAAUAAGUGCACCAAAUUCAGAGCGUGUGUCAUAUUAGUACAGUCGAGGACGGCACCCUUUCUCCUCCACUUUAAAGUCAUUUCAAUGUGUCGUCUUUGUGGAACUUUGUGAAGGUUUAUUUGCAGUUCCGUUCCGUUUCUUUUUGGGGUGGUCAGCAGCAAGUCAUGUAUUCUUCACUGUCGAAUAUCUGGAUCUGUACGCGCUAUCGUGGCAAAGCCCGACUAAAAUCCGUUGAACUGGUGCGGGACGGACAUUAUUUGCAUUUAGAGGCGUGUGCCAAUGAUCUGCAAUUGUAUGCUUUUCUUUGACAUCAUUUGUAGCAACUUUGUCCUGGACGAUAUGAUUUUGGUGAUGAACUUCUAACUUUUUACAUGUAAAUAAUGUUUUUCGACGUGGCAUUACAAGCCAUCUAACACAAUGUUGGCAAUAUCACUGCAAGAUAUGCCCUUGGAAAAGCAGCGCUUUGCACUGUUGAUAGCAUACAGUACUGUAAGUCACGUCAAGAUGUGUUUCAUCCCCCAUUUCAUGUUACAUGGAAUGCGUUUCGAAGUUUGCAAAACUUGUCAUUCGGUUUCACCCCAUGUUGAAGUCCAGAUGGAAGAAAUCAUCUUCUUUCACUCUUUGCUUUGACAAUGUGUCCCAUUGUGGCAGCAGAAUGUUUGCAUGGCACAAACAUAAUGUUAGCUGCGUCUUAUCUUGAGACAGAAAUGCGAACGAGAUAUAGAAAUAGUCAGACUAUCAUGGAUAUGUACGUAUAUAUUCAGGGAACCAAACUCAGCUAAUACAGGGAUGGACCAGGUGGUCCUUUGGUGCAAAGAAUUAAAUUUUGAAUAAAGUUCAUGAACAAAGAGGAGCAGAUACUGUCCAUAUACAUUCUACCCGCAUUGCUAAGGUAUCAACAUGUUUUAUUUUGACUUCCUGCUCUUCUUUGUCAGUUCUUACACACUAUGCAAACCUGAUGACCGUGCAGUUUUGUUCAAGCUUGCACAGUGUGGUCAACGAUGCUCAUAAAUCUUUAAUUACUAUGAAGUCACUGAUCACAUUUCAAGAGUACUUAAGGCGGUAUUAAUCUCAAGUUGUUCUGUUGAUAUUGUGUAUGCACCCUCAGCAUGUUCUCUAAAUAUUAAAAAUUGAUUAAUUCUUAACUGGUCCAUGAAAAUGUGAUGACAUGAAAGGAUGCAGUUGAAGCCAAUGUAGUCUAGAAAUCCAGGUGGUACACCCUUUGUUCUUAUUUUAUGAGUUGCUCAGUUGUCCUUUUGUUUUAUACUGUAAGAGUUGGACGAAUAAAAACAAUAAAGAAAAACAUUUAAUCAUG